CAGUAGAAAUCUCACACAACAAGACUCAACAAUGCUGGGAUUUUCAUAUGGAGAAAUAUUCUUAUUGCUGGGAGCCACUGCGGCUCUGCUUGGUCCAAAGGAUUUGCCAAUCAUAACCAGAACAGCUGAGAGGAUGGCUGGUCGGGCUAUUGCAUAUGUACAAUUGGCCCGGGGACAGCUUGGAUCUGUUAUACAGCAAUCUCAAGCUCGCCAGCUUCACAACGAACUUCGGGAUAUGAUGGCACAAGUAGAUGUUAUUCAACAUGAAGUUCGAAGUCUAUCAUUCAUAAAUCCUGGCCCUUUAACUCGGAGGCUUGAUAAUCUCGACCAGCCAUCCAUCUUAAAUGGUGGAUAUGCAAACAACAGGAUACCGGAAGGUGCUAGGGUGAAUCUCUCAAUAUCGUCUCUUACCAAGGAUUCAACUCCAUUGCCAUCCAAUUCAUUCAAUAUGCAAAGCAAAGCAACUACUUCUGCCAGGUUGGCCGAGGCCCCUUCCAUCAAGAAUGGUUCAUUGGCAAGUAGUGCUGAAGUUGAGAAGAUUAAAGAUGGUCGGCAGCUUAUUGUCAUGCCAGUUUCCGCUGAAAGUACUGGACUCUUACCAAAUCGUGGUGGAGCUGAUGUGAAAGGAUCUGACAUAGUUCAAGAAGCAAUUUUGGAAGCAGAGGUAGCUCAUAAAACAAAAGAGUUCUUUUCACAGCCCGAAAAUCAGAUAUGAUUGAUAUAGUAUUCCUAUAUAAUACCUUAAUUUUGUAGAUGUUAGCAUUUGUAGAUUCACAAUGAUACAUAUUUAGUCUAUAUUUUAUCUUGAAGGUAUUGGUUGAUGCAUUGUCAUUUCUUUAA